AUGAACGGCAAUGAGAGGCGGCAGCGGCAACUGGAAAAAGAUGGCUUGCAGCAAUCAGGCAGCAGCGGCAAGAGGCAAGGCUGGAGCGGAUCAGUUGCUGAGUUGCGCAACACGAUUUUUCCCACCACGUACAGCGACGUGCAGCAAGUGUGGACCAGAGCGUCGAGCGACGCGAACGAAAACCCCUCGACGCCGAGCCUGAGGGAAACCGAAGAGGGGAUGCGUCAAAUGAAGCCCCUCAAAAAGACGCAGGGAGAGAGUGAGUGUCUGUGA